AUGAGCAAUUCCAGCGUCACCCAAGUUCCCUUCAAUGCCUUCAAACUUAUUGAUUUUGGACCAUCUCUUAGCCUCAAGGUGUACCAACAACUUUACAAUGAUAAUGCUGAACCAAUAGGCGUGAUUGCCAUCGUGCAGUCUCUCGGUCUUCUAAGACCGGUGGACGAGGCUAUCGACCAAUUCAACGGCAAGUGGACCCGAGGUUCCACGACAUGGGAAUUUUGUGAGACCGGUAUCGAGGUUGUUACCGGCCAAUCGUCGACGAGCAAUUUCAUGGCAAAGACCCGUGCAGGGGAGGCCGCCGUCAUGGUCCUUUCGCUUCUCCUCGAAUGCAUGGAUGCUCGAGAUGUUUCUGAGAUUGUGCGGCUCGUUAUUGAUUCGAGCCCCAAUAAUCUGGUUCAAAUUAAGCCACGCAAGACACAGAUUAAGAACGUGGUAACAACUAUAGAGAGCCAAACGAGCUGCAUCAGCUGGCAGGAGGAGAUUAUGGCAGCCCAGGUUGCAGUCCUUGAGAACUCACCUAUUUGGACGAGAGAUCAGGGUCCGGUAUCCUCGGAUUCUUUUGAAAUCCCGAAUCAGUGCAUGGCUGCCUAUUUUCAGGCUCUGUGUGCAGUCACAAAUUUCCCUGACUUUCGUUGCACUCUCCACACCGGUGGAAGUAUAUCACUUCCGUUCCUUCUCGCGCACACAGUAUGCGGGCUCCGUGUCUGUGUGACAGUAAAUGGAGAAUUGGUAUUUGGGAACGCUUCUUCAGACGCCUGGCAGGUCCGGCUGGAGAAGUCUCUCGGCCAGAAGACAACUAGGGUCAAAUUUGGACAGACGCUUAACGAUAUCCAAGACCUGCUAGUUUUGGAUGAAACUGGAAAGCCGCGAGCUAACAGAAUCGAUAUUCAUGGAAUUGGAAAAAUUGCAACAAUAGGGCAGGCUCUAGGUGAAAGGGAAGCAAACGACAUUGCGAUCCUUGUCGUCUGCGUUGCCUCCUCGAUUUUAACGACCUGGAAACGCGAAGUCCACGACCACUCCAACCCAACCGGCUCGUUGGAUUACGAAAGCGACUCAUCCACCGCAUCCACUAAAGAAACAUCCGAAUCUAAGGCAUGUGGAGAAAUAAAACGCCGUCUUACCCCCAAGGCUGUAGCACUCUGGUGGGGGUGCUCGGAGCUUGCGUCUGUUAAGAUGAUGGACGAGGCAUCGAGACUUACUGAUCUCCAGCCUACCGAAGCGACUUGGAGAGGCCUCAGAUAUUCGAAAACUACCAUGGCAAACAUUGCAGACUUUGAGGGGUUGAGCAAGAAUGAACAGUCCCAGCGAAGGCUGAGAGAGAAUAAGCCUCUCUCUCGAGAGGAUUAUGCUUCGCUCACCCACACUCUCACAACAUAUUUGGUUUUAAUAUCCUUCCUUUGCUUCAACGAGACGUCCAAGACCACCAUUCGAGUUCGUUCUUCAAGCCGUCCGCAGAACUCGGCUAUCGGACGAACCCUUCGAUGCAUGAGAAAGCCGAAACCUCUGGCACAGUCUGAUAUCCUAGGUAGUUGGUAUUAUUGGGUCAGGGGAUCAGGCCCCAAGUCUCUGGAUAAUGUUGAUGCCUUUGUUGUGGAUGGCUUUCUCAUCUACCGCAAUCUUCUACUUCAGCUAGAUCUCAGCCCUGAGGCAUGUGAGACAGUUGUCGUUGAAGCUGGGCACCUCCAGUUCCAGGGUUACCGCGCAGAGCUAAUUCGCAGUUCGAAAAAUUCCACGACUGUAAUUGGCAACGCUGCAUCUAGUAACCUGAGCGGACCUUGCAUAUUGAGAUCUAGGGACAUGACAGGGCACGUAGAUACCCGGUGGUCUGUUGACGAAGUGCAAGGCUCGUUAGAACUUGGCCUUACUCUCGAGUGUGGAAAUUCCGGAAUUCAAAUUGAGACGUCCGUAUCUAACAUUGCCAAAGAGUCCUGGUCCAUACUCUACGGUGAUAGAACAAUUGACUGCUCCCACGACGAAGGAUUUGUUGGACGCCUUGUUGAAGGCGAAGUGGUCGAAGAGUUGGUUCCGGGUUCCCAUCACACAGCUUCUCCACCAGGUGUUUUUGUAUCAGGAUACCGGGAUUUAAAGUUGUACCGUGCACACAGAAACGAACUUGGACAGAUCGCUUGUCUCAUGAGUAGUCAAGGGCACUUGCGAGGGAUUUUGAGGCGCGAUGCGUGCCUUAGAUGCUGUGUCUCAUACGCCGAGAGAGCGGGUUUGGAUUUCCUCAUCGACUAA